GCGGAGGCCCGCGCCGCCGUGCGCGCCGCCUACGAGGCUUUCUGCAGCUGGAGGGGGGUCUCGGCCAAGGAGAGGAGUUCUUUACUUCGAAAGUGGUACGAUUUAAUGAUACAAAAUAAGGAUGACCUUGCCAAGAUAAUUACAGCUGAAAGUGGAAAACCGCUGAAAGAAGCACAGGGAGAAAUUCUCUAUUCUGCCAAUUUCCUGGAGUGGUUUUCAGAGGAAGCCCGCCGCAUUUACGGAGACAUUAUCUGUACCCCGGCAAAAGAUAGGCGGGCUCUGGUACUCAAGCAGCCCCUCGGUGUGGCCGCAGUCAUCACCCCGUGGAACUUCCCCAGCGCCAUGAUCACGCGCAAGGUGGGGGCCGCCCUGGCAGCCGGCUGCAGCGUCGUGGUGAAACCUGCGGAGGACACGCCCUUCUCUGCCCUGGCCUUGGCCGAGCUCGCAGACCAGGCUGGAAUCCCUCCGGGUGUAUACAACGUUAUUCCCUGUUCUCGAAAGAAGGCCAAGGAAGUAGGCGAAGCACUUUGCACGGAUCCUCUGGUGUCCAAAAUUUCCUUUACUGGCUCAACAGCCACCGGAAAGGUCCUGUUGCACCACGCAGCAAAGUCCGUGAAAAGAGUGUCCAUGGAGCUGGGCGGCCAUGCCCCAUUCAUCGUGUUCGACAGCGCCAACGUGGACCAGGCUGUCGCAGGCGCCAUGGCCUCCAAAUUUAGGAACUCUGGACAGACUUGCGUUUGCUCAAAUCGUUUCUUGGUGCAAAGAGGCAUCCAUGAUUCCUUUGUGAAAAAAUUUGCCGAGGCAAUUAAAACAAACCUGCGCGUGGGGAACGGAUUUGAAGAGAGAACUACUCAAGGCCCGUUAAUUAAUGAGAAAGCAGUAGAAAAGGUAGAGAAACACGUGAGUGAUGCUGUUUCCAAAGGGGCCACCGUUGUGACAGGUGGGAAGCGACAUCAAGUUGGAAAAAAUUUCUUUGAGCCCACCCUGCUCAGCAACGUCACCCAGGACAUGCUCUGCUCUCAGGAAGAGACUUUCGGGCCUCUGGCCCCUGUUAUCAAGUUCGAUACAGAGGAGGAAGCCGUGGCGAUCGCAAACGCAACUGACGUCGGGUUGGCAGGUUAUUUUUACUCUCAAGACCCAGCACAGAUCUGGAGAGUGGCAGAGCGCCUGGAAGUCGGCAUGGUUGGCGUCAACGAAGGGCUGAUCUCCUCCGUGGAGUGCCCUUUCGGUGGGGUGAAGCAGUCCGGCCUUGGGCGAGAGGGGUCCAAGUACGGCAUCGACGAGUAUCUGGAACUCAAGUACGUGUGCUUGGGAGGCUUGUAGGAUUCUUUAGUUCUUUAAAAAAUAAAAGAGGAAGCUUACCUACAUCUAGGGGGAAUGCCAACCAUUAUUUUAAAUAAACUCAUUGGGGUAUCUGAAUUAGGAACUUUUUAAAGCUUAUCUGACUGUCAUAAUCUUAAACAGAUAUGGAUGUCACCCCAUCCCGCUAGCUGACUAGGGACCAAUAUAUGCCAUGUGCCUGUGGCUGCAGACCGCCCAAGAAGCAGCACUGGGUUCACAGAAUGAAGCCCUGGACCCCACCCUGUCUGCCUCAGAGCAAGGUGCAGUGUGAGGGCGGCUGCCCCCUGCAGCCCGUCACUGCCCGAGCAAGGACACAGCCAUCACCCACGUGGCUCCAGAGCUUAGACCCAGAGGCCUGCAGGGGAGACCCCGAGUGGGACUGACAGGCUGGUCGGGGGUAUACAGCAACCUGGCAAUCUGCCAGCUCAACACAACACUUGCUGGGUGUUCAGAGGUGUUGCUGCAGAGGCUGAAUCAAUCAUUUUUUAAGAGUUCAGAAGAAAUAGCACAGAACUGCCUGUGUUUCCUUGUGGAAUGAAGGAACCCCUUCCCCUUUUUCUGGAUCAUUUUUUAAAAUUGAAGUCUUCAUCAUCUUAAAUUAACUGCUGAAAGAUUUUGUUCUCAUUUCUACCCUGUCUUCAUUUUGUUUCCCUUGGAAAUGAGCCUAAGCAUAAAACAAAGCACAGGAGCGACAUCUUGGGGUGAUGUACAGCACACACGUGACUGAGCAGGGGCUGUGUUCCCAUGGACGUGCGUGCCAUUCAGCCCCCGUCGCCCAUGGAGAGUGAAGACGUUAUGCAUGCCUUCUGUAGCUCAGUGGCAUGUUGUGAGCCUCAGACAAAGCAAAAGUAUUUGCCAAAAAAUGAAAAUUCGAUGUAAGUACAGAAGCCAUUAUUACAUGAGCAGCCCGCCCAGCCCCGCUUUGCCAAAGUUGAGGGGAGGCCAGUACCCACCUGCCCACCCCCUGAGCCUGCGUGAGGGCUUGUCACCUGCAGCCUGGUUUCACUGUCUUCGUGGGAUGCUGCUCCUUCACCUGCAAAAGCACUUCCACCACAGUGAAAGGAAAAAGAAUUCCCACAACUGCCUAUUAGAAGAGGCAUGAGGUUUUGUCUUUCAGGCGCCUUUUAUCCAAUAAAAGUUUUUUUAGUUCAUCGUGUAAAAACAAAAACAAAAGCACUGUGGCUGGUGUUUCCUGUCAUUCCGAAGGAAAAGCUCUGAUUAGGAAAAUUCUAGGCAUUUCUGUACUGUGUGUCUCCAUCCAUCCUGAGACACGAGGAAAAGGAAUAAGGGUUGUUCCUGGCUGAACAGACGGGGAUGAAGCCCCUUCCUUUCCACUCACUCUGUGUGCAGACUCCACUGACAUUCUGUGGAUGCUCUGGGGAGUCUAUUAA